CGGAUAUAUUAUCCUAUUAAUUGUGUGAACGAAAUAUACCGAUUUUAAAUCACGACGUUGAUCUCAUCACCAAGGGACAAGGCAAUGUGCUUCACAGAGGAUAUUAUGUAAACACAUUCAAUCACAGCCAUGGGACACAAUUUAGUGUUCGUUCUACUGAUGGCCACAUCCAGUGUACAUUUAACUGCACAGUCAACAGGCCAAAAGUUAAAUUUUAAUGACACAGAACAGACAGACUCAUCUUUGAAUAAUCCAACUCAGAUCGGAUCACUUGAAGGUCACAUAAAUAAGACAAGGUCACAAGGUCAAGGACAUUUGCCUCAUGUCCCCCAAACGUCAAAAGAUGUCCAUCUGUCAACAAAAGAUGUCCCCGACUGGACUCAUUUCAAUGACAUCGUCCAGGCGACCAUAUCGUCAUUUAACUAUUUGGGUUUACCUGUGUUUUUCCCUCUUGUAUGGGCGGGAAUAAUCCAGGCCGGCGUGGACAUCUACAGCUACAACGUCACUGACGACUGCAAGGUGGAACUAAACCACUACGCCGUGGACCUUCAAAGUAGGAAGGACUGGGCCGUCAGAAUGUUUGAUGCGACUGGUCGUCAAGGAUCUGGUUUUCUCCAAGGAUCAGUCACUUGGCAGGGAGACUAUGACCAGUGCAGUAAUAUACGUCACACGAUGACGUCACUUGAUACAGGAAGUGACGUAACGAGAGAGAUAAUUGCUCAAUAUUGUUCCCUGUCGUUUGAUUCUCCCAUAUUGCUGGACAAUUAUAUUUCCCAUCAGCACCUGCCGUUCCCGGUGCACCUGCCGCACCUGACUGUGGACAUCUGCAUCCCUUCUGGAUGUGAUGAGGAUGACAUCACAACCAUCAUCAAUACAUACGCAGGACAACAAGAAGCCAACAUCUCCCUGUCAAACAUCAGAUGCCAGAAGGACAUGCAACUAGCCUAUGAUGCUGCUGCCAUCUUCUCAGUAUGCUUGCUGGCUGCAUUUGCCUGCUUGGUGUUCCUUGGUAGCAUGGUUACUGUCAUUGUACGACUGAAAACCCCGGCAGGACAACUAAACUCAGCACCGUGUGUCGGCUACUUUAGCAGAAGGGGGAACGUCUUCACUGUAGCCCGCCAACACAGUGUAUUCUACAAUAGAUGCAAACUCUACUCCAAGUCUAUAUGGGCGGGGUCCCUCUAUAGACAAGACAGUAUGAAGAUUGUGUCGGACCACUGCACGACACCAACACCUUCUACAGAUCACGUCAACGACGUCGCGAUAGGUGUGGAGAAAUCACCUUCUGCAAGACUGCAGAAUCAGGCAAUGGUUCAGAUUACACAGAAAGGGGACAGACCCUUAGGGAAACGGAAAGAGGUCAAACUCCAGAAUGGCGUGCUUCAGCCAAUCGGUUUGCUGUCUUUACCAGUCAGAAUGGAUUCCCGACAGAACGAUAAAUUUGACCCAAGCCAACAAGUCAGUUUGACACCAGGUACACGACAAAUAGGUGGAGUGGUCACUGAUAUCCUCCUGUGCUUCUCCCUCCCAAAUAACCUGGCGUCAGUUCUGGGAGGGGGCAAUCCAGACCAGCUACUCUUUCUCAGUGGCAUCCGGUUCCUCUCCAUCUGCUGGGUCGUCUUUGGCAACACCAUCAGCUUCAUACACAGAACACCAGACGUGAUUGAAAACAGCGUCACUCUCGUGGAAUUGGCUGAGUGUCCAUUGUUUCAAGCAAUAAUCAACAGUACAUUUGCUUCAGACUCCUUCUUCAUACUCAGUGGAACGUUGCUGUCCUACAAUUUUCUCCGGACUGUGGAGAAGAAGAAGUCGGCGGGCAAAGAGUUUAGGGUGACUCCAAAGUUUCUCCUGCUGUUCUAUCUCCAUCGUUUGUUGAGAAUAUUACCGUGUUACCUGGUGGUGUUGAUGAUAUUUGCCAACCUCAUGCCCUACAUGGGCCACGGACCUCGCUGGAAGUAUGCCACAACCGCCGUCAACCAGUGCAGGGACCAUUGGUGGGCCAACGUAUUCUUCUUCAGCAACUUCUAUAUGGCAGAUGAAAUGGUUUGUUUGUUUGUUGUUUACCACCACACUCAGCAAUAUUCCAGCUAUAUGGAGUUUUGUAAGAGAUCAUUCAUGUUAAUCAAUUUGUCCAUCACCAUGCUGAUGUUCCAGUGCAUGAGCUGGACAUUCUUCUUGGUGAAUGACACGCAGUUCUACCUCAUCUCUCCACUCAUCCUCAUCCCACUGGUCAGGUUACCUCCCCUUGGUUUUGUCCUGCUUGGUCUGCUCGUAGCCACACAGCUGGUAUCUGUUGGCAUCCUGAAUAACAAGAUCAACGGCAAUAUGCUAAGAAUGGACAGCGGGUACUUCUCCGAUGUGUACGCCAAGCCCUACUGCCGGGUGGGCGUAUUUGCUAUCGGGAUGAUGCUGGGGUAUAUCUUAAACAAAGUGGGCCGAAGGACUCAUCUCAGAAAGAUUCCAAUGCUACUUGGCUGGCUAAUGUCGUUUUGCACGAUGGCUUUAGUGAUCUAUAUAACGUACCUAGAGAACAGAGUCGGCGGGAGGAGAUUUACUGCCAUAGAAGCGGGGGUCUAUGAAGCACUUGCUCGCCCUGCCUGGGGACUGGCAUUAUCCUGGGUUAUAUUUGCCUGCGCUGUGGGGCAAGGAGGUUUUAUCAACACAUUCCUGUCCUGGAACUACUUCUUCCCUCUGUGCCGCAUCACCUUCGGGAUCUACCUCCUCCAUCCGCUGGUCAUCAUGCUUGUGCGUGACACCUCUCGCAGUCUCAUCCAUUUCUCACCAUUCGGCCUGUGGCUGCUGUAUGUCCCUAUACUCGUGAUGGCCACCAUGCUGGCACUGGUGCUCAUCACCUGCAUACAACAGCCAUUCAUUACACUGGAGGCGCUGAUCAGAAACAUCACAUAGCAAUGGCGGUUUCAUUCAAGACUUCAUUUAGGCCUUUGAUAGUUUAUUACAUGGUUUAAGGAUUUCUCUUUUAAAAACACUGGGUCGGUGGUCAAUAAAGACAUUAUAAUUAUGUAAUUGAAGAAAAGAUAUUUUUUAAAUUGGUCAUUACAAUUUUUGUAAAUAGGCCUAUGCUGACUGUAAGAGAAAGGUAAGGUAAAUUAGGUCUGAGUUUGAACACAACUAUUAUCGAACGCUGACGACGUCGAAUGUUUCAUAAUAAUAAUCACUGCAUUGUCUGGUCGGACUAGAUUUUUAACAAACUAAUGUAUGACCAGAACUAUUAAAGAAAAUAAUUCCGGAACCAGUAUGCAACGGUUGUAAUUAUUGCACUGUCACACGUUAGCUGUCUUGAAGUUGCCUAUGCUCUCGACACUAUUUAAGGGUUUUAGUGAAAUAUAUCUCGGGAAUAUAAAAUUAUUUUUAUUUCAUUGCACAUUUCUGAAAUUUAUGGUCGGAGGAUCCGUAAACCAAGUAAUAAAAAAUAAACAACGCUUAUCCGAAUCAGAAAUGCCUGGCCUCAACAAUAUCACAGGAAUUAUUGUUUUAAAUAACCUUUGGGGAAAUUCCGAUUUGUGUCAUACCUUUAUUUACACUUUAAAUGAGAGUGUUAUUUAUA